GGAAAAUUGUAGAAAUGAUGUCAAUGAAAUCGUUGCAAUUAAAUUUUAAUGUUCAUUCCAUUUGAUAUUGGCAUUUGUUAUCAAAAUACUAUUUGUUUGUUGUUUUUUUUUUCAUUCUAUUUCCAAUCGUCUGAGAUUAAAUGAAGUAUUUGUUCGGAUUUCAUUGCUAAUGAUCAAUAAUAAUCAUUGAUCAUUGUUCAGCUGGAAGAAUUGGGUGUGCGAGUCCGGAGAUUUAAAAAAAAUUAUUCGUGACCAAAAUUCGUGUAUUGUGAAAAAGCGAGUGCGUGCCGAUUUUCAACGGUCGAACGUAAUUCGAUCCACAUAAGACGAAAUUGCUCAAGUUCAAUAAUCGUAUUUGCAAUCUCUUAAUACUGAAACCUUAAAUUCAAUGUGCCUUUUUUACUCAUUUUCAUUCAAAGGUCGUUUUUUAUAGUUUUUGGUAAAUUUUCCAUUCUUCUAUCGCUAGAAAUAAUAAGAUUGCUCUAGAAUUUGUUCAUAGUUUAAUUAACGUUUAAAUUGCAAUACAUACAAGAUGUUGACCUAUCUUCAAGUGCAUAUUUACUAUACGUUGCCGCCUACAAUAUUGCUGUAUCUUUUGAUGCGCCCAUUAAUCGGUAGCUUUGAUAAGAUAAAAAUGAUGGUAUUAUGUGUAAUGGCUGUACUUUAUACGACUCCUUGGGAUAAUUAUAUAAUUUAUAAUAAAGCUUGGUGGUAUCGAAAAGACGCUGUUAUCGGCACCAUUGGCUAUGUACCGAUUGAAGAGUAUCUUUUCUUUGUUAUACAAACAAUCCAUACAACAUUAUGGACCAGCCUGUGUUCACGCUGGACGUUGCAUUCGUUACAUUUGAAAAAUUACAAUCGUCCAAAAUUCCAUUUAAUACGUUACGGAGUGAUCGCAAUUUCACUGGUAUUCAUAGUCGCUGGAUAUCGGCAUGCAAUACCGGCAACCAAACCGUUUUACCUGGGCUGCAUGACCUGCUGGGUAUUUGUUGUGGUUACAUUGCUAUGGUACAUGAGUGGACCGUACAUUGUGAAACGGUACAAAGCAACGUUGAUAAGCAUUCUUGUGCCAUCAAUAUAUUUAUGCUAUGUCGAUUUGAUUGCACUUCGUGCAAGAGUAUGGCAUAUCAACGAAGCGACUAGUUUAGAAAUUUUCCCCAUCGAAGAUUUACCACUUGAAGAGAUUUUAUUUUUCUUCUUUUCAAAUAUGAUCGUCGCUUUGGGUUCGCAUGCAUUCGACAAAUCCAAAGCAGUCGUCGAUACAUACUUUGAAGAACCAUUUCCAAUUGGUUCGAAUGUUAGCGGGCUACAGCGAUUUUUCGGCUACCUUAAAAUGAUCAUCGAAAGGUCAGUGUGCGAUGAAUACAAAUUUGAUCCGACAGCCAUCACCGAUUUGGAAACAUGCAUCGUUGUACUCGACAAAGCAUCGAAAUCAUUUAGUAUGGCAGCUAAUUUUUUUCCAAAUGAUAUUAAGCAAGAUCUAACGAUAUUGUAUGCAUUUUGUCGAGUAACAGACGAUAUGGUUGAUAAUGAGCACUCGAUUGAAUUGAAAAAGGAACGAAUUCGUGUAAUUGUGGAAUUUUUAGAUCAACUUUUCUCCAAUCGUACUAUCAAAUCGGAAUAUUGCUGGGAGAGGAACGGUUCAAGUCCAAAGAUCGACUGGAAAUAUUUCGAGGAGACUUUGACCAAAGAGCAGCUAUCAUCGUUUCGUGCAAUCGCUCGCAUUUCCUACUACAUGCCCAGCGAGCCAUUCUAUGAAUUGGUCGAAGGUUAUAAAUGGGACAUCGAUGGACGACCUGUGCUCCAUGAAAACGAUUUGAUUGAAUACUCGAAAUAUGUUGCCAGCAGUGUUGCAACAUUAUGUACAUUUGUAUUUUGCCAUAAAGGCUAUAAAUGGCCCGACACAAUAGGACCAAUGCUUGAAAAUGCACGAAAAAUGGGCUUGGUCCUGCAAAUUUGCAACAUAAGUCGUGAUAUCAUAGUGGACAGUGAAACACUUGGUCGUUGUUAUGUCCCAAGUACAUAUUUUGAAAAUGAUGAACGAAAUUGUUUGGUAAACGAACGAAAUCCAAAGAAAAUACCGAAUGUUCAAUUGAAAAAAUAUGCGGAAAAAAUGCUUGAUAUUGCCGAUAAUUUGGCAAAUGAAGCGAUGGGCUCAAUCAAUUUAUUGCCAUCGGAGUGUCAACGUGCCGUAUUAUCGUCAUUAGAAAUAUACCAGGGUAUCGGUAAAUUGAUUCGGAGAAAUGCACAUUAUGAGCAUCGAACGUUCUUACCGAAAUUCGACAAAAUUUGCAUCGUAUUCAAAUGUCUGUACUUCACAUCGAUGUCAUCACUGUGCGAACGAAACAAAACAAAGAAAGCGUAACAGAGCCGGUGGAUGGAAGAACGAUACGCCAAUCAAAACGCAAACAAUACAAAAAUGACAAACACUUAUUGUAUGUAUACAAAUAUAAGCUCUGUAGUCUGAUCAAAUGUACAACCAAUACUAAGCCAAUAAAAACGAUUUCGUUACCACUUCG